CUCGCUCCCGGUUGGUGUUUCCUGAUUUUGUUUCUAAGGCCGGCCGGUCGUUCGGUCAGUCAGUUGGUCGGUUUUUUGUCUUUUAUUUGGGGUGUCAUCCAGUCCGACAGCUGAUUAGUCGUCAAUUUAUUUGCCGCGCUGCAGUAUGCAAAUGCUUGCAACUGCAUCUGGACGCGUCACGUUUGUUGAUAGAGCAUUUGAAGAAGUUAGUUAGCCGAUUUAUCUAAUCAGGCCACAAACAUCAACCAACGAUGGAGGCUCCCAAAGUAACGCUGAGUCGGAAUCCGCGCAAGACGGCGGGUUUGCUAUCACAUCUCACGUUUUGGUGGACCAUAGAUAUGUUUCGGAAAGGCUCCAGUAGGACCCUGGAACUGUCGGAUAUCUAUCAACCGCUGGAUAAAGAUCGAUCCGAAAAAUUGGGUGAUGAGCUGGAGAGGCACUGGAAUCGUCAGCUGCGGAAAGCUAGCAAAAAGUCCAACGGUAGACCGUCUCUGAUUCGCGCCGUCUCCUGGACCUUUUGGCGUGACUGGUUACUGCUGUCGGUUAUCACAUUUUUCAGCGAAAUUGUUCUCCGGAUUGCCCAACCAAUUCUGCUGGGUCGGUUGUUGCUGUAUUUCAGGCGACAAUCAGACAUUUCCUACGGGACUGCGCUGUACUACGCUCUAGGUAUGGUUGUGGCAAAAGGUGCCAGUAUAGUUAUGGAAAAUCAGUAUUCUUACAUCACCAGCGUUAUCGGAAUCCGAACCAAGAUCGCCAUUUGUAGUGUGGUCUACAGGAAGAGUAUGCGGCUGUCUCAAACGGCGCUUGGGGAUACCUCCCCUGGAAAGGUCGUCAAUUUGCUUUCCAACGACGUUAAUCGCUUCGAGAUCGUAGCCUACCUUCUGAACUACAUGUGGGUAGGACCACUUGUAACGUUGAUAGUGCUGGUUCUGAUUUGGGUGGAAGUUGGCUUGGCCGGCAUCAUAGGAAUAGCUGCAAUUUUUAUCGUGACACCUAUUCAGUCGGUUGUGGGUAAACUAACCUCAAAGUACAGACUACGCACUGCCCUCAGAACCGACGAACGUAUUCGACUAAUGGAUGAGGUUAUAUCCGGGAUUCAUGUGAUCAAGAUGUAUGCCUGGGAGCGACCUUUUGCGGCAUUGGUAUCCUUGGCUCGAAAAGCCGAAUUGAAGGUAGUCCUCAAAAGUGGUUACCUCAGAGGGUUUCACAUGACAUUUGAACUGUUUACCAUUCGCUUUGCGCUGCUCGCAGGAAUGGUUACCCUAGUGUUAAGUGGAGAAGAAAUUACGGCAGCCAAAGUUUUUGUUAUGAGCAGCUACCUGCAGAUCGUUUCGUUUUCCAUGGCCGGGAUGUUCGUACGAGGAGUUGCCGAAAUUGCCGAAGGUCUCGUGGCUACUCGUAGAAUUCAACGGUUCCUGGAGUACGAGGAAAUCGAUGAGUACUACGCAUUGAAACUCAACACUGGCAAAGCCAAAGAGACUAAAAAUUCCGAAAACAACGUGAAAUUGCCGCCAAAUGUGUCAAUAUCUCUCCAAGGUGUCUCAGCGCGGUGGAAGCUACCGGAAAACAAGGACAGCCAAGAUAAUAAAAUCCCUUUAACCCUCAACAAUCUCACUGCAGAUUUUCCAAAAGGCAAGUUGAUCGGCAUUGUGGGUCCCAUCGGUUCCGGUAAAUCUUCGCUGCUACAAGCGAUCCUUCGGGAGCUUCCGCUGGAAGCUGGGCGCCUUCAGUGUAGUGAUUCCAAUAUAUCGUUUGUCAAUCAGGAACCGUGGCUGUUCGCCGGGUCCAUAAAACAAAAUAUUCUAUUCGGGCAACAGAUGGAACGAGCACUUUAUGCGAAAGUGAUCAAAGCCUGUGCGAUACAGGCUGAUUUACUGCAAUUUCCCGAUCGUGAUGAAACUUUGAUUGGUGAACGUGGUGUUUCACUUUCCGGAGGACAAAAAGCUAGAAUCUGUCUCGCUCGUGCAAUCUACAAGCAAUCGGGGGUGUACCUGUUGGAUGACCCGCUUAGCGCAGUGGAUGCUCAUGUAGCCAGACAUCUAUUUGAUCUGUGCAUUGGACCUCGAGGUUUUCUGGGUCAUCAGCAUGCGACCCGAAUUUUGGUAACGCAUCAAGUUCACUUUCUGGUUGACGCUGACUGGGUGAUUGUUAUGGACGAGGGCAAAAUCGCUGCCCAGGGAACGCCUCACGACUUGAUCGAAGGCGGCAAACUUAACAUUACUGAGCCAGAGGUCGAUGCAGAGGAGCAGCCUGAGGAUGACCGAAAGUCCACCUCGACUCGUGGAUCAGCCAGAAACUCCGUCUCAUCGCUGUCAUCGAAAGCCGAAGGCAAUGAUCACUCGAAGAACGAUGCCCAGACUGACAAAAAGAUGCAGCAAGCGUUCGAACAAUCGUCUGCCAAUACGGUUGGUGGAUCGCUGUUCAUGAACUAUCUGUCGGGUGUCGGAAGUUGGACCGUUAUAGGGUUUUUGCUACUGUUGAUUAUUGGUGCUCAAACGGCUGUUAGUUUCGCCGACUAUUGGGUCGCCUUCUGGGUAUCCCAGGAGGAACUUCGAGCUGCUGCCGUUGUUGACGAGGAGGUAAAAGUUGAAGAGGACUCUACUUUGAGCACCGAUAUCUGCCUAACGGUACAAACUGCAGCCGUCAUCGGUAUUUUUGUGAUUGGAAUGUUACGUGGUAUCGGUUUCUUCAAAUCGGUUGUACGAGCAUCGCAAACCAUCCACGAUUGGUCUUUCGGAGGGUUGAUAGCGGCAACAAAGUAUUUCUUCGACACGAAUCCUUCCGGAAGGAUUCUAAACCGGUUUGCCAAAGAUAUGGGUGCUAUGGACGAGCUGCUGCCAAAAUCGAUCUUCGAUGCAACUCAGCGUAUACUGAUGAUCGUGGGAGCUAUGAUUGUGAUAUUGGUGGUGCAACCACUGUUCAUCAUUCCGAUGUUGGUUCUGCUUGGCGUAUUACUACUGACCAGACGAAUCUACGUGCAGACAUCGCAGAACAGUCGAAGAUUGGAAAGCAUAACACGUUCACCGAUAUUCAGCCACAUAUCUACAACUUUGCAUGGGCUGUCAACGAUCAGGUCCUUCGCUGUUCAAGACCUGUUGAUCUCGGAGUUCGAUCAACACCAAAACCUGAACACGGGAGCGCUGUACAUGUUUCAUGACGGUCGAGUUGCGUUCGGAUUUGUGUUAGAUUUGAUAUUUUUCGUGUUUCUAACCGUUGUCACGUUUGGAUUUCUUCUGAUUCCAUCGGAAACUCUGGGUGACAAAGUUGGGUUGGUGGUUACUCAGAUUACCUCACUGGCUGGUAUGUUACAGUUCGGUGUUCGACAGAGUGCGGAAGUGUUCAAUCAUUUGAUCGCAGUCGAACGUCUGUUGGAGUAUAGAUAUCUUCCCCCUGAGAAGCAACCUUCAGCCGAUUGUGCUGCCUUAAAAAACAGAGAUAAAUGGCCAUCGGAAGGAAGUCUUAAGUUUGAAGGAGUUAAUUUCCGGUAUAAUGAAGGAGCCCCAUUAGUACUAAGGGAUCUGAAUUUCACCGUCAAACCAAAGGAAAAGAUCGGAAUCGUGGGUCGUACUGGUGCUGGAAAGUCAUCGAUCAUUGGAGCACUCUUCAGGACAGCGAUCGUCGAAGGCAAGAUCGUCAUUGAUGGGAUCGAUACAAACGAAGUGACCUUGGAAACCCUCAGGUCUGGAAUAUCCAUUAUCCCUCAGGACCCAAUACUUUUCAGCGGAACGCUGCGAAAGAAUCUCGAUCCUUUCGAAAAGUAUACAGACUCCGAUUUGUGGAAUGCUUUAACUUUGGUAGAGCUUAAAGACAUCGCGAAGGGCUCUUUGGGUCUUCACAGCUACGUUGCCAACGGAGGUUCCAACUACAGUGUAGGCCAGAGGCAACUCAUCUGUUUGGCAAGAGCUAUUCUGAGGAACAAUAAAAUACUAGUUCUGGAUGAAGCUACUGCCAAUGUUGAUCCAGAAACCGAUCAACUAAUACAGCGAACCAUCAGGGACCGUUUCGCAGCUUGUACGGUCCUUACGGUAGCGCACCGUUUAAAUACGAUCAUGGACUACGAUCGGAUUCUGGUGAUGAGCGAUGGGUCGGCGGUUGAAUUUGGAACCCCGGCGGAGUUGCUGCUGAUUCCGGAUGGGGUGUUCAAGUCCAUCGUAUCGGCAACGGGAGCUACCGAAGCUGAAGCUCUUACCAAAAUUGCACAGCAAAAAGCAAUCAGUUCAUGAGGAGGUAGAUAAGCCAAAAUAACUCUUCACUGUGUACUUAUUCUUAUGAAACAAUGUGCCGUUCUUAGAUGAAAACCUUUUUAUUUACAUAUUAGUUCCUAUUAGAAUACAUUCAAAAUUCUAUUUUGUAGAAAAAUCCAAUCUUAGAAUAAAA